AUGGGGCAAAACAAGAUGACGAUUCUGGCUCUGAGCCUGCUGCUUUGCAUGGGACUUGGCUACGGCCAUGGUUUCGGUGGAAAGAUCGGCAAGGGCUAUGCACCUGUUUAUACCAACUUUGUGCCCUAUCCGGUGGCGCAGCCCGUCCCAGUGCCCGUGGCCGUUCCUCAACCCAUUCCCGUCGCAGUGCCCCAGCCAGUGGUUGUGCCCAUUAAGCACGGCUGGAAGGGCGGAUUCGGAGGUCUGGGUGGUUAUGGAGGGGGCUAUGGAUACGGAGGUGGCUUCGGUGGCUACCAGAACUUUGCCUCCGCCUCCUCCUUCAGCUCUGCCAGCUCAUUUGGCGGGGGCUAUGGCGGCUUUGGCGGUGGCAUCUUCAAGAGGCGCUGA